CUCUGAUGCCCGGCCCGGCGCGCACCAUGGGGCCGCUGUGGCUCUGCUGCCUGCCCCUCGCCCUCCUGCCCCUGCUCGCCGCCGUGGAAGAGACACUGAUGGACUCCACCACGGCGACAGCAGAGCUGGGCUGGACCGUGCAUCCUCCAUCAGGGUGGGAAGAGGUGAGUGGGUACGAUGAGAACAUGAACACGAUCCGCACCUACCAGGUGUGCAACGUCUUUGAAUCCAGCCAGAACAACUGGCUCCGGACCAAGUACAUCCGCAGGCGAGGAGCACACCGCAUCCAUGUGGAGAUGAAAUUUUCUGUCCGGGACUGCAGCAGCAUCCCCAAUGUCCCAGGCUCCUGUAAGGAGACUUUUAACCUGUACUAUUUCGAGUCAGACUUUGACUCAGCCACCAAGACUUUUCCUAACUGGAUGGAGAAUCCUUGGAUGAAGGUGGACACCAUUGCUGCUGAUGAGAGCUUCUCACAGGUGGAUUUAGGUGGACGGGUGAUGAAGAUCAACACUGAGGUGCGCAGUUUUGGGCCUGUCUCCAAGAAUGGUUUCUACCUGGCCUUCCAGGACUAUGGGGGCUGCAUGUCCCUGAUUGCUGUCCGUGUCUUCUACCGCAAAUGUCCCCGUGUGAUCCAGAACGGGGCCGUCUUCCAAGAAACCCUGUCGGGAGCAGAGAGCACCUCGCUGGUUGCAGCCAGGGGCACGUGCAUUGCCAAUGCCGAGGAGGUGGACGUGCCCAUCAAGCUGUACUGCAAUGGUGACGGCGAGUGGCUGGUGCCUAUCGGCCGCUGCAUGUGCCGGGCCGGCUACGAGUCGGUGGAGAACGGGACCGUCUGCAGAGGCUGCCCCUCAGGAACAUUCAAGGCUAACCAGGGGGAUGAAGGGUGUGUCCACUGCCCCAUCAACAGCCGGACAACCUCGGAAGGGGCCACAAAUUGCGUGUGCCGAAAUGGAUAUUACCGGGCAGACGCCGACCCUGUGGACAUGCCAUGCACCACCAUCCCAUCCGCCCCCCAGUCCGUGAUCUCCAGCGUGAACGAGACGUCGCUGAUGCUGGAGUGGAGCCCUCCACGGGACUCGGGGGGCCGGGAGGACCUGGUGUACAACAUCAUCUGCAAGAGCUGCGGCGCAGGCCGCGGGGCCUGCACGCGCUGUGGGGACAACGUGCAGUUCGCCCCGCGCCAGCUGGGCCUCACCGAGCCCCGCAUCUACAUCAGCGACCUGCUGGCACACACCCAGUACACCUUCGAGAUCCAGGCUGUCAACGGCGUCACCGACCAGAGCCCCUUCUCCCCGCAGUUCGCCUCCGUGAACAUCACCACCAACCAGGCCGCGCCUUCUGCCGUGUCCAUCAUGCACCAGGUGAGCCGCACCGUGGACAGCAUCACCCUCUCCUGGUCCCAGCCCGACCAGCCCAAUGGAGUCAUCCUGGACUAUGAGCUGCAGUAUUAUGAGAAGGAUCUGAGCGAGUUGAACUCAACCACAGUGAAGAGCCCCACGAACACUGUGGCAGUGCAGAAUCUCAAGGCUGGCACCAUCUACGUGUUCCAGGUGCGGGCACGCACCGUGGCCGGCUACGGCCGCUACAGUGGGAAGAUGUAUUUCCAGACCAUGACUGAAGCCGAGUACCAGACCAGUGUGCAGGAGAAGCUGCCGCUCAUCAUCGGCUCCUCGGCAGCAGGGCUGGUGUUCCUCAUCGCCGUGGUGGUCAUUGGCAUCGUGUGCAGCAGAAGACGGGGCUUCGAGCGGGCUGACUCGGAGUACACGGACAAGCUGCAGCACUACACCAGUGGCCACAUGACUCCAGGGAUGAAGAUUUAUAUCGAUCCUUUCACCUACGAAGAUCCCAAUGAGGCUGUCAGGGAAUUUGCAAAAGAAAUCGAUAUCUCUUGUGUCAAAAUCGAGCAGGUGAUUGGGGCAGGGGAGUUUGGUGAGGUGUGCAGUGGGCAUCUCAAGCUUCCAGGCAAAAGAGAGAUCUUUGUGGCCAUCAAGACCCUCAAGUCUGGCUACACGGAGAAGCAGAGGCGAGAUUUCCUGAGCGAGGCCAGCAUCAUGGGGCAGUUCGACCACCCCAAUGUCAUCCACCUGGAGGGUGUGGUCACCAAGAGCUCUCCAGUCAUGAUCAUCACCGAGUUCAUGGAGAAUGGCUCGCUGGACUCCUUCCUGCGGCAAAACGACGGGCAGUUCACGGUGAUCCAGCUGGUGGGGAUGCUGCGGGGCAUCGCCGCGGGCAUGAAGUACCUGGCGGACAUGAACUACGUGCACCGGGACCUGGCCGCCCGCAACAUCCUGGUCAACAGCAACCUGGUGUGCAAGGUGUCCGACUUCGGCCUCUCCCGCUUCCUGGAGGACGACACCUCCGACCCCACCUACACCAGUGCUCUGGGUGGGAAGAUCCCAAUCCGAUGGACGGCACCUGAGGCCAUUCAGUACCGAAAGUUCACCUCGGCCAGCGACGUGUGGAGCUAUGGAAUAGUUAUGUGGGAGGUGAUGUCCUACGGAGAGCGGCCCUACUGGGACAUGACCAACCAGGAUGUGAUUAAUGCCAUCGAGCAGGACUAUCGGCUGCCACCACCCAUGGACUGCCCAAAUGCCCUUCACCAGCUGAUGCUUGACUGUUGGCAGAAGGAUCGGAACCACAGGCCCAAAUUUGGGCAAAUUGUCAACACCUUGGAUAAAAUGAUCCGAAAUCCGAACAGCCUGAAAGCCAUGGCACCUCUCUCCUCUGGGAUGAACCUCCCCCUCCUUGACCGCACAAUCCCGGAUUACACCAGCUUCAACACUGUGGAUGAAUGGCUGGAUGCCAUCAAGAUGAGCCAGUACAAGGAGAGCUUCGCCAGUGCUGGUUUCACCACCUUUGAUGUAGUAUCUCAGAUGACUGUAGAGGACAUUCUGCGAGUCGGGGUCACUUUAGCAGGACACCAGAAGAAAAUUCUGAAUAGUAUCCAGGUGAUGAGAGCACAGAUGAACCAAAUCCAGUCUGUGGAGGUUUGAUAGCUGCCUGUCCUCCUGCUCCUCCUCCUCGAGGCCCUGCUCCCCUUUGCCCCUGUAUGUCCAAGCUCCAGUUCCUGAGUGUUCUGCAUGGACCAGAGACAGGCAGCUGCUCUGAGGAUCACGGCAGCAGGAGGGAACACCCUGUCCUCAACAAUGAGAAGUCGCCAAGAGCUUCUAGAAUUUAAGCAAUGGAAAAAGGGAACAAAAAAAAGGACAACUAUUUUGAAAAAAAAAACAAACUAACUACAAAAUAUUUUUAAAUAAUAGUAAAGCAAUUGCAUUCUUGAAAAGGGCUCCAAGACCAAUGGGAGUCUCCAAAGGAAGAGAAAAGAGCAGCUUCAUGUUUCCUCUUGCACAAGGCUGCUGCAGCUGGACCCAGGCACCUCUGGAGCAGUGGGACUUCUCCAGGAAGAGGAAUGCAAGGAAAGGCCACAAGAAGCACAUCUCUUCCUCCCGUGGGCUCUGGGAACGCUAUGAGCCAGGCCCUUCCCCAGAGCCCCUGUGAGCAGAUCCAACGGGGAGAGCUGAAGCUCUUUGGUGCUGUGAAACCAAGUGCAUCUCAGAAACUGAUGGACUCCUUCAAAAGCUGAAGACUUUUUUUUAAAAAAAAAAAAAAAAAAAACAAAAACACAACAAAUAAACUAAGGCUAGAGGAAGCUGUUUCCGACAAAUGAGAAGGAAUCUGUAAUGCCUGGGGGGGUGGGGAUGGGGAAAACCAAUCCUUUUUACAUCUCUUAUUUUCUCUUGUCAUGGAACAGUUUUGUGAGUGACAGUUUCCUAAGGGUCCGUCCAUCCACCCUGCAAUGGCAUCAUGUCUCAUACAUAUCAUUGCUCAAGACUUUUAGUGAUGUCCUUUCUAGAUGCCAAUGAUCUUUUCCCAAGAAGACUUCCCAAGUACAGUAUGUAGUAGUUUUUGAUUACAAAUGCUGACGUGUACCUUUAUUUUUCGGUUGUCAUUGUUGGGAGAUUUGUCCUUUUACAUUGUUUUGUUAACACCAGUUUGUGAGUUUGGGGUUGGAAAUUUUCGGUUGGUUGGGGGUUUGGUUUUUUUAAUGAAAAAGAAAUGACAUCUCCAAGCAUCAUAUCAUCCAAGAACUUAAAUCCCUUCUCUGUGGAAGGAAAAUUUGCAGCUUAUUGACCAUAUUCCAGGAGAAAAAGGUUUUUUAUAUGCA